AUGGAUCGCUAUGAGAUUAUGAAGGAUAUUGGGUCUGGAAAUUUUGGGGUGGCCAAGCUGGUUAGAGAUAAAUGGACUAAAGAGUUCUUGGCUGUUAAGUUUAUUGAGAGAGGACAAAAGAUUGAUGAACAUGUGCAAAGGGAAAUUAUGAAUCAUAGGUCAUUGAAGCAUCCCAAUAUAGUUAGAUUUAAAGAGGUCCUGUUAACUCCUACCCAUUUAGCUAUUGUGAUGGAGUAUGCUGCAGGAGGAGAACUCUUUGAGAGGAUAUGCACUGCUGGGAAAUUUAGUGAAGAUGAGGCAAGGUUUUUCUUCCAGCAACUGAUAUCGGGAGUAAGUUACUGUCAUUCAAUGCAAAUCUGUCACAGAGAUCUUAAGCUUGAAAAUACACUCCUAGAUGGAAGCACAGCGCCCCGUGUCAAGAUAUGCGACUUCGGGUAUUCAAAGUCAGCUGUGUUGCAUUCACAGCCUAAAUCUACUGUAGGCACCCCAGCUUACAUUGCACCAGAAGUUCUAUCGAAAAAGGAAUAUGAUGGGAAGAUUGCAGAUGUAUGGUCCUGUGGGGUUACCCUAUAUGUAAUGCUGGUUGGGGCUUACCCCUUUGAAGAUCCUGAUGAUCCAAAAAACUUCAGAAAGACAAUUGGGAGGAUACUCAGUGUUCACUAUUCAAUUCCGGAUUAUGUUCGUGUUUCUAUAGGAUGCAAGCAUCUUUUAUCUCGAAUAUUUGUGGCUAACCCCGAAAAGAGAAUUACUAUUCCAGAAGUAAAAAAUCAUCCAUGGUUCUUAAAGAACUUGCCUAUAGAACUGAUGGAAGGAGGAAGCUGGCAAAGCAAUGAUGUCAACAACCCGUCCCAAAGCAUUGAAGAAGUCCUGUCUAUAAUACAGGAGGCAAGAAAACCUAUCUUCCUGUCAAAGGCUGAAGAGAAUUUGCUUGGAGGCAGCAUGGAUCUUGAUGACUUAGAUGCUGACGCAGAACUUGAAGAUAUCGAGACAAGCGGGGAUUUCGUGUGCCCAUUAUGA